AGGAACUCCGUCCAGUCAGUUUGUCAACAGGCUGAGCGACACAGCGAGCAGUGUCGCAACUUGAAUCCAAACUGUGAAGCAGAGUUCUUGAUUCUCCGAUCUUUUCCCACAGAAAUGUAGUCGGCAUGACACAGGUGAAUGCUGAACUCGAUGGAUAUGUGAUACUACAUUGGAGUGUAGGCAGAUGAACGGCCCUGGUUGGAUUGAAUGGCACUGAGGAUACAAGAUUGCCAGUCACUGGGAGUACUGCAAUGACCAGUCAGCACUCUGACCAUGAAAACCCCGCCCACUCCACUGACAAACGGCCAUGCACUGUGCCUUCCAAGAUCCAGGUCCAGCGAUCAGUUUCAAAGGAGUCUAUCGCUAUCCACUUCUCUGCUUUUGGGAAGGAGGAAGAAGACGAGGUUGAAGAGCUGUGCAUGACAGCACACUCCUCCGCUCCAGUGGUUCAGGAUGGCUUGAACCUAUUAACCGGCUUGGAAGCCUGCGAGGAGAACUUAAAAGAGGAGGUCGACUCGAGGGGAGAAGAGUACGACGAGCCUGAACCCAGCCGAAGCUCUCCCGUUUCUACAUCCCAAGCUGGUUUGACUGAACCCUUACUGCAGACCUCGGAGCAGAUCAUCUCAAAUUCACCUCCCACUAAAUCAUUAAGCUUUUCUUCUGGUGACAAACCAUUCUUUGGCUUGAUUCGAGCUUCCUUGUCUGACAUUGAAUCUCGAGACGGCGUCCCCCAUGUGGCUACUCCUGCAGUUCGGAAUAGGACUUUGAAGACUCUUGUCAAGUCUUUAUCAUCAGACCCAUCUCAGGGCUCACCCCCCCUGCCUCACCGUCUUCCUGAGUCCCGCCUUAACUUGCAGCUCUUCAAACAAUUUGCACAAUCCAGGAUACCAACAGUUAUUACAUCAUCAAGUAGUGAUUCGAAAACAGCUCCCCCAUCACCCGCGGUCUCGCCAGACAACCGUAGCUUCUUCAAAGUUGCAGAAGUGGAGGCAAGAAUUGAGGACACGAAGCGCCGCCUUUCUGAGGUCAUAUAUGAACCUCUGCAGCUUCUAAGUAAAAUCAUGGAUGAAAAGAGCAGCAAUAGUCUUUACAGACCUAAGUCUAUGUCUGCCAGUACCUCAGAACUCAAUGGCCUUGCUGAGAGCAACAACAACUGCAUCAAAGAGGAAGAAGAUGAUAUGCUGGAGACUGAGAGACCUACAAGUGCUACAUCUGUCCAGGCUGAAUCACCUGUAUUGCCCAGUAGUGAAACUAAGAGCCCCAACAAAUCUUUGCUAUCCAUGUCAUUGGAAAACUGCUCCAUGUCUGCAUUAGCUAAACAGGAGUACGAGGACUUCUGUGUACUCUAUAGUGAAGAAUUUGAGAAUGAUGCCAACACAGAUUUGGAUCAUACUGAAGCUGAUGUUGACACUAAAUCUGCACUAAGUGUCAGUUCUGAUUCUUAUGGUGAUGAGGAAUCAGAAUGUUCUGCAGUGGCACCCACUGUUCCUUACUAUUCUCUCACUGUCCUCACACUACUGGUUUAUGGCUACUUUGUUAUACCUCUGCCCAACUACAUUGGGGGCAUGCUGCUUGGAAUUGCACUAGGAUUCUUCUUAGCCAUUGGCGCUGUGUGGCUGACAGGACCAACACCAUCUGGCUGUGGCUCUAAACAUUCCAAAUAUCACAGCAAACUAUGGGGUGUGUCCAGACUCGACAUCAAAGAACCAGACAUCUACAAGGGUUGGAUGAAUGAGAUCUCGAAUUAUGACCCGGAGACCUACCACGCCACACUCACUCACUCUGUCUACGUUCGACUGGAAGGCUCAGUCAUUCGUCUGUCCAAGCCCAACCAUAAUAUCUCCCGGCGAGCUACGCACAACCAACCAAAGCCUGAUGUCACUUAUAUCAGCCAGAAGAUCUACGACCUCACAAACAGCAAAGUGUCACUAGUGCCUCAGAAUUUGGCCCGUAAGCGGGUGUGGAACAAAAAGUACCCAAUCCGCAUUGAGCUGGGCCGUCAGGAUGACUUCAUGUCAAAGACUGAAGGUGACAAAUUUGAAACCUCUGAGGCGCCAUCGGUACGGGACAGAGAUGGAGCAGGAGGCGGUCCAGAUCGUUCACAUUCAGCUUCCACCAGAGAUCUGACCUUAUAUCUGUUCGGGAGGACCGGAAGAGAGAAGGAAGAGUGGUUCCAGCGCCUGCUGACGGCAUCCAAGCUCAAGACUGCUUUGAAAAAGAGUAAAAGUGCCCUCACCUCUCAUAGCCGCAGCAGCAGCCGCAGCAGUCUGGAUGAUGUACUGGCUGCUCAGCCCAGGACCAAGGACUCCGGGGCCAGUGUCAAAACCAGCCUUCUUGACUAUAGUGUCUACAUGGCUUCCUUACUGCCAAAACAGGAGACAGUCACCCUCACAGCUGCCAGCCCAACUCUCAGCAGCCCUCACAGUAGUCCUGGAGCUGACAAGAAGCUCCAGGCCGUCGCAUCUGCCCCAGUGCAGAGUGAAGUGGAAGAUGAGUCUGUUGCCUGGUUAAAUGCUGCUCUGGGUCGAAUCGCCUGGGACUUCCUGAGCGAGCCUUACUGGGCAGAAGUUGUCUCCAAAAAGAUCCAAAUGAAGCUCAGUAAAAUCCGGUUGCCUUACUUCAUGAAUGAGCUGACCCUAACUGAACUCGAUAUGGGUGUGGCCACUCCCAGAAUUACUGGAGCGUCUAAACCAUCCAUCGACUACAGAGGUUUGUGGUUUGACUUGGACGUGUCCUACAGUGGUUCCUUCCUAAUGACUCUGGAGACCAAGAUGAACCUGAUUCGUCUUGGCAAGGAAGGAGAAAACUUUCGAAUGGGAGAGUUUGGCAAAGAGGGAUCCAGACCCCGGACCUACUGCCUGGCCGACAGUGAUGAGGAGUCGUCUAGCGCAGGAUCAUCCGAUGAAGAUGACUCAUCAGAGCUGUCAAAUGAUCCUACAGGAGCUGAGGGUUUGGUUGGAGGCCACAAACCUAGCAAGAUCAUGCGCUUCGUGGACAAGAUCGCCAAGUCCAAAUACUUCCAGAAGGCAACAGAGACCGAGUUCAUCAAGAAGAAGAUGGAGGAAGUGUCCAACACGCCGCUGCUGCUCACAGUGGAGGUGCAGGAAUUAAGAGGGACAUUAGCAGUCAAUAUCCCUCCUCCACCCACCGACAGGAUAUGGUAUGGAUUUAGGAAGCCACCUCACUUGGAACUGAAGGCUCGACCUAAACUGGGUGAACGGGAAGUGACUCUGGCUCAUGUCACUGACUGGAUUGAGAAAAAACUGGAUCAGGAAUUCCAGAAAAUCUUCGUGAUGCCGAACAUGGACGAUGUUUGGUUGACCAUCAUGCACUCUGCCAUGGACCAACGGAGCUACGGUGGAGCUUCAGUUGCAGCGGAGCGGGAGGGGAACACCACCAGCCAGCAGUGAAGAAUGUUUACAGUAUUUCCUUAAGCUUACUGAGUCUCAGAGUCGGACUGGAGCCAAAGUUGAUAAAGACAUUCCAACUGUGAGAAGACGUAUCACAAACAUCUCUAUUUAGCCUUCACUGGGAACAAGAUUGUAUGUUGGAAACGCCUAGACCUAUGUUUACUUGCUGCUCCGCUCACAAGUAUUUAUGAAGGACAGUCUUUAACAAUGUGACCUUGUUUGCUGGCAAACGUGAACAGUGUUCACGAGUCCAGAUGUUGAAGUUCGCAGAGGGAUGAAAGGAGGACGAUGAAAUGCCACCAGACACCAUACAGCCUGAAGACGACCAUGUUUACGGUUGAAGGAGAUAGUCUGAUAUUGUGCGCGUUAGUGAUGACGAAUCGAAUGUUGUAAUUGACAGAGUAUGGUAAAGAACUUUUUUGUUGUUCUAUCAGGUCUGUAUGAGACUUGUGCUUUGACCAAACUUAUUUAAUGCCAAUGAUGCCCUUAAUCCGUGUCCGUGUGAAAGUGAUUGCACAGGUAUCAUUAACUUGGCGGACACACGAGCACAGCAGGAGCACAGCACGUGCACUGACGUGAUUCCUCUUGUAUAGAUGUAGAAGCGUGUGCCUGAGAGAGUCGAAAGGUCUCUGUUCAAUGGUUAUGGUAUGUAUGUGUGAGUGUUUGUCAGCCAAGUGAUGUAAUUCAGGUUGAACCCAAUCAUUUUUGGAUCUGGGUUUAUGAAUGUUUGCACAUGUCAUUCUUUCUGUGUGUUUUUAACACUAUUUUUUUUUCCUUAUUGGUCAUCAUUUUUGUUCCUAUGUGAAUCAGAAUAAUCUAUCGUGUGAAUUUAGCGCAUCAAUGUUACGGAGCUGUGAGAAGGUGAUCCAGGUUUCAGACAAUGGUACACAAAGCGUAAGAAGUAGCAAAGCAGGUCAUGGUUCACACACAUGAACUCCGAUUUGUCCAUGAUUUACACCAAAUAGCCGCUGUCGUCUGGUUUACAUUUUUCCAAUUUUGUUCUGCAAGAACACUAUAAAUCUGGAACACAAACUGGAUUUUGCUUCCAUGUGAUGAUCAGUCCAACUGAGUUAAUUUCUGCAACGGGCGGGAUUUGGUUUACUCUUUUGUUUAUAUGGUCGUUGUUAAGUUAAAAUGAAGAAUUCUAAAGGUGAAUGAAGAUUUUUGUUUGAUUUUUGUCUAUUCAUUGAUGAAUAACAAUUGAAGCAAAUUUAUAUCACUAAUGUCGGUCUGUCAUUGUACCUCUUGUAUUUGUGUCAAAUAAAUAUUUCUCU